AUGACAGUGCAGGAGGAGGCAGUGGAAGAAGACGGGAGGAAAGAAAAGAGGAGGCGGAGAAGGAAGAAGCAACAGCACAGCGCAGCACAGCAAUGGACGCAAGCACCGUCGCCGAGGCCCCCUCCUCUUCUCCCGAGUCCCCCCCCCCCCCCUUCUAUUCGUAUCGUGGCGGGUUACCCCUCUCCACUCCCACUCACUCGUGACCUCCAGCUGGCCGCGGACGUGGACUCUGACGGCGCGGUGGUAAGGUACGUGUACGCAGUAGUCACUGGUGCACCUGCUUUGCGGCCUUGCCAUGCUCGCUCGCCCUGCUCAUUCGGGGUUACAGGUUGGCUGGUAUGUACCUCAACUCAUCCACUCCCGCUUCAGGGCUCCCCUUCCCCCCCCCUCUCCACUACAUCCUCGGCCAGCAGGCCCAAGGAUAAUGGCCCGCCGCCCAGCACCUCCAGUUCGGAUCCCAACUCACACAUCCCUCCCUUGCUCAUUCUGAUGGAGCCGGCCCAGCAGGCCCAGGUCGGAUCUAUUCUGCUGUUCUGGUGGCCCGGUGAACAAACACUGGAGCCCGUUCCAGUUUCCUAA